GGCACAGAAGGAGAACUGAGGCUGCAGCUCGGGUUUCAGCAGAGUGACAUGUCACCACAACUGUGGGGACAGAGAAGUCCCCGAGGUGUGGGGUACCUGCCCCCAGCUCCUGGAACAUCGUGUUUUCUGCUUGCAGAUGAAUCUCCUCGCCCAGGUAAAGGGGGAGCCAGCAGGAAGGACACCUGCAUCCAGGUGAUCCCACUCCUCUGCCAUAGUACCCAGUGCCCCUGGACCCCACAGCUGGGACCUGCCUGGUGCUGGGUCUGGGCGAGGUGGGGAGGGGGAUGUGUGGCCUGGGAGGCUAGGCUGGGCUGGGCUGCCUGCCGGCAGAGAUGGCUGGUGGCAGGGGAUGGCUGUCAGAAGAGGACAGGUCCCCGUCUUGCCCUGCCCCCUCUCCCACAGGUGAGCUCCUUCCUUCAGACCCUGCAAGCCCCGGACUGGCUGUUCCUCCAGCCCUGGCACUGGUUGGGCUCCUCGGUGCGGCAGGUUUGGGGGUGCUGGCGUGAGAAUCCCAGCCAGGUGGGCAGCUCCAGGCAGCACCCACGGGUGCUUCAGCACCUAGAGGAGGCAGCCCCUUCCCAGAGGGUUUCCAUCCAUGGAGACCCUAGACCCAAGCUGUGCUUAAGCCACCAAGGAUGUGGGAUGAGCCAGCAGGUCAGUGAUGCUGCCGGUGGCCCUGAAACAUGGCUGGGUCCCCAGGCGGUGACUGGGGCAGUGACCACGGCAGGGUUCUUCCUCUGCGAGGGGCUGCUGGGACAACACUUCAACAUGGUCCCCAACGGAGCGGCUGAGCCCCAGCCUGGGGACCUCUUCCUCUUCCCUCUGGCCUCGGGGGGCCCUGGCUGGUGGGGCGCCCACGCUGGCAUCUACUGCGGUGACGGGGAGAUCAUCCACCUGGAAGGCAGCGCAGGGAUGUCACCGUCAGGCAUCGUGGCUAAGCACGGCAAGAGCCACCUGCUGCGGGCACGGGGCCCGGCCAAGGUGCUGCGCAGGAAGGGAGGGCUGGACGUGGCUGCCCUGCAGCGCCGGGUGCGCGCGGCCAUGGAGCAGCCCGUGGAGUACGACCCCAUCGCCUGCAACUGCAUCCACUUCGCCCUCGCCCUCCUGGGGCUGGGCCACCUCGCUGGCGCCAUGGUGUCCCCAGCGCUGCAGUGAUGGAGCUGUCGGUGCUCCUGGGGCUGGAGCACCCUCGCCCGGGGGCCGGAACUGCACCAGUGAUUUGUCAGUCCUCCUGUGUGGCAAUAAACAGUUGCAUGGAA